CCAUCAUCCAGCCUGCUUACCACCCGUGACCGUAACGUGCGCCCAUGCGGGCCAUUACUCCAAAUCAGGUAACUGCGCUCAACAAAAACACUCUUUCAACAUGCCUAUGCCCUCACGUGCCGCGACCUUAACACAGUCGUCGGCCUACUCCAAUAGAGAUCCCGAUGCUGUUGGGCCCAUUUCACGCCAAGAUGCCCUCACACAAGCUUACCGCUACUACUUUGAGCCCAUCGUCGCAGCGCUCGAAAGCAACAUUGAUGGCGGGCUCAAAGACCGCGAAGUGCGAGAAAGGCAGCAGCAAUACGGGCCAAAUGAGCUCGAUGGAGACUCCGGCAUCAACUAUUUCAAAAUCUUUCUCAACCAGGUUGUUAAUGCCAUGACAGCGGUGUUGAUCAUCGCCCUCGUCGUCUCCUUUGCGAUCAAAUCAUGGAUCGAGGGCGGUGUCCUCACUGGCGUCGUGGCGAUCAACGUCAUUGUCGGCUAUUUUCAAGAGCUUUCGGCAGAAAAAACGAUGGCCUCGCUUCGUUCUCUCGCCUCGCCGACUGCACGCGUCAUCCGCAACGGACAAGGCGUCACCAUCCCCAGCACAGAGCUCGUACCGGGAGACAUAUGCGAGAUCACUGUCGGCGACACUGUUCCAGGUGAUCUCCGCAUGAUCGAGGCCAUGAACCUCGAGGCUGAUGAAGCACUCCUGACCGGCGAGUCCCUCCCUGUCGCCAAAGAGCAUGCCAACGCCUUUCCCGAGGAGACUGGAGUCGGCGAUCGGAUCAACAUGGCUUACAUGUCCAGCAAUGUCACUCGGGGUCGCGGGACCGGUAUCGUCGUCGCUACCGGUAUGAACACCGAAAUCGGCAAGAUUGCGCAAGCACUACAAGGAAACGCCAAGCGCAAAAAGAUCCGCGCCGUCAAGCAGAACAGCUACGGCAAGAAGCUCCCUCACCACUACGUCCAAGCCGGUGCACUCACGGUCUGGGACCAGAUCGCCACUUUCUUGGGUCUUAACCACGGUACACCGCUCCAGCGCAAGCUCUCGCUGCUUGCUGUCUUGCUUUUCCUUGUUGCAAUUCUGUUCGCAAUCAUCUGCUUCUUGUCCAACAAUUGGACUGAUCGCGAGGUCAUCAUCUACGCCGUCAGUGUUGGUGUCUCGAUGAUCCCAGCCUCGCUCAGCGCUGUCCUUUCCAUCACCAUGGCUAUGGGUGCCCGUGCUAUGACUCGCCGUCAUGUCAUUGUCCGCAAGAUGGAUGCCAUCGAGUCGCUUGGCGCAGUGACGGACAUUUGCUCAGACAAGACUGGUACGCUCACCCAAGGUCGCAUGGUAGUCAAGCGUGCCUGGGUUCCCGCCAGCGGUACUUUCACUGUCAGCGACAGCGAGGAAGCCUUCAACCCCAACGCAGGAGAAGUCUUCAAGACCGAAAGGCAACCCAAAGACAGCGACCCGAAUCACGCGAAAGAGACAUCCAAGGAUGGUGACAAGGUUGCCAGUAAAGAACUCGGCUCCGACAGAAUCAAGGACGACGAGUGCUUCACCGACUUUCUCAACGUGGCCGCGCUCUGCAACAACGCAAAAGUCUUCCAAGCUGAGGGCGAAUGGCAGGCUCAUGGCGACCCGACCGAAUGCGCCAUGCAAACCUUUGCUUGCCGCUUCGACUGGGGCCGUGCAAAGCUGACCAACAAGGUCAAGGGGGAGAGCCAGAGGGUUGACGAUCAGGAGAAUGCCGCCAAGUAUGCUUCGUAUGGCAAGCCUGCCAUCUGGAAGCAGACGGCCGAGUUCCCAUUCUCGAGCGACGUCAAGCGCAUGUGCGUCUUCUACAAGCAUCGCCCGUCCGAGACGCACAAAGCGUUUAUGAAGGGAGCCGUCGAGCGAGUUCUCGAAGCAUGCACUCACGCACAGACAAGCGAGGGUAUCGUCGACAUCACUGAGAACAUUACUAGCAACAUUCUGGCCAACAUGGAAGCGCUGGCGGACACCGGUCUUCGGGUGCUUGCGUUCGCGCAACGUGAUCUCACCAAAGAGGAAGCUCAUGAAGGCGAGGAACUCGAUCGCACCCAAGCUGAGAGCGGUAUGACCUUUGUCGGCCUGGCAGGCAUCUACGACCCUCCGCGUGCUUCAUCUCUACCAGCUGUCCUCCAGUGCCAGCAAGCCGGCAUCCGUGUCCACAUGCUCACCGGCGACCAUCCAGGAACCGCCCGCGCUAUCGCCAAGGAGGUCGGCAUCAUCCCGCAGAACACAUCCACCUGGUCCGAAGAGAGGCUUAAGGCAUCCGUAAUGACUGGCCCCGCGUUUGACAAGUUAACUGAAGAUGAGAUCGACCGACUCGAAAUCCUCCCGCUCGUAAUUGCCAGAUGCGCGCCUCAGACCAAGGUCAGGAUGAUCGAAGCUCUGCAUCGCCGCACGUGCUUCGCUGCCAUGACUGGCGAUGGAGUCAAUGACGCGCCCAGUCUGAAGAUCGCCGACGUUGGUCUCGGGAUGGGAGGAGGCUCGGAUGUCGCCAAAGGCGCGUCGGAUCUUGUCUUGACGGACGACAACUUUGCCAGCAUCGUAUCUGGCAUUGAAGAGGGAAGGAGGACCUUUGACAAUAUCAAGAAGUUCGUGCUUCAUCUGCUUGCUCAAAAUGUUGCUCAGGCUUUGGUGCUCCUUAUCGGCCUUGCUUUCAAGGAUGCAACCGGCCUCUCUGUGUUCCCGCUCUCUCCUGUCGAGGUCCUUUACAUUAUCAUGGUUACUAGCGGUCUCCCGGCCAUGGGUUUGGGUAUGAGUCAAGCGCAACUCGACAUCAUGAAGCGCCCACCUCAUGACCUUAAGUACGGCAUCUUCGCACCCGAAGUCCUGCUUGACCUGUUUGUCUACGGAGUCUGGGUCGGACUGCUUUGCCUGGCUACAUUCACGCUAUGCCUCUGGGGCUUUGGCGACGGCAAUCUCGGCAUCAAUUGCAACGGCAUCUACAACGAAACAUGCGCAACGGUCUUCCGCGCACGCGGCGCAACCUGGACAGUGAUGACGUGGGCAUCGCUCUUCCUCGCCUGGGAGGUCGUCAACACCCGUCGCUCCUUCUUCCGCAUGGGCAAGAAAUACCCGCUCUACUCGCAGUGGUUCCACGACACCUGGGGCAAGAACAAGUUUCUCUUCAGCACGGUUGUCAUCGGCUUCUUCAGCGUCUUCCCUCUGCUUUACAUCCCCAUCAUCAAUGACGAUGUCUUCCUGCACAAAGGCAUUUCAUGGGAGUGGGGCAUCUGCUUUAUUGCCAUCCUCCUAUUCUUCUUGGGCGUGGAGGCUUGGAAGUGGGCUAAGCGCGUGUGGCUGCGGCGACGAUCGACAAGGGACGACGACGUAAUGGAUGAGGAAACGGCAGCUGGGUUGGAGGAGAAGCCCGCCACCAUCCUUGAAAGGCUGCAGAAGCCUGGGCCAGUGCCAACCCGAGCUUGAAAUCACCAUGCGGGGUGGCCUUGAGCGCAAGGAGUUCGAAAAACAAGUUAAAUUGUACAACACCCGCACUGUAUCAUAGAUAUUGCAUACCGACGAGGUCAAGCACA